GCGAGCGAGGGAGAGAGGAGGGGGGACUGCAGAACAUGCAGGGUCUGGAUGAAUAACCAUGGCAACAGCAGCAGCAGCAGGAGAAGCGGCGGUAUAAACAUUGCGAGGAGCCGCGCAUCCAUCCGCAGGCAGCAAUCUGCUCCGGCUGGCGGAGGCUGGAGCCCAGCGAUCCCCUCCGCCGACAUCUACACAUCACUGCAAAGGUGAUGAGCGGGAUUAUAUCAUGUCUGAAGUACAGGGAACACUGGAGUUUUCUCUAGAGUUGCACAAGUUUCACAAUGUGGAUCUCUUCCAGCGAGGGUUCUAUCAGAUCCGAGCUGGGCUGAAGGUCUCACCUCGAGUGCCCCACAGGCUGAUAGCGACAACACAGGAAAAUACAGGAGAGAGCAGCUUCAGCUCGGCGGGGGUUUACGACGGCGCCGUGUUCAGCCGCAUAUUCCAGAUCCUCUACAGGAAUGAGGAGAUCGCGGUGAACGACUGCAUGAUCUUCAAAGUCCACCUGCUGCUGGACGGAGAAAGGGUGGAAGAAGCCUUGAGCGAGGUCGACUUUCAGCUGAAGCUGGACCUUCACUUCACCGACAAUGAGCAACAGUUGGCAGACAUCGUAACCGUCCCGUUGAUCAGCAGUCGAACCCUCAGCCUCCACUUCCAUCCGCGGAGAGGCCUCCACCACCAUGUCCCGGUUAUGUUCGACUACUUCCACCUGUCCGUCAUCUCUGUCUCCAUACACGCUUCACUGGUUGCCUUACAUCAGCCGCUAAUCAGCUUUGCACGUACAGGGAAGGGCGCCUGGCUCGGGAAGGGCUCGCCGGAGAGCGCCAGCGACCCGUCCGCCAUGUCUGUGGAGAACCUCAUGUUCGGGGCCGGCUACUGCAAGCCUGUCAUCUCUGAGGGAAGCUUUUAUGUUCCCAGCGAGAACUGCCUGCAGCGCGCUCACACGUGGCACCGCCGGCUCUGCCGCCUCCUGCUGGUGGCGCACGGCGGCCUGCACGCCUACUACGCGGCGCUGAUGAAGGAGAUCCCGCAGCUCCAGCAGAUCGCACUGGAAUCAGAGGCGCUGCCUGUUGAGGAGACACUGAGCCAGCUGACAACAGAUUUACAGCUGCAGGAGGGCCACGAGAAGGUGGGAGAGCAGAUCAGCAGGGACGUGAGCCAGCUCUGCUCCCAGCUGGCAGCUCUGUGGAGCCGCUUCCUGGAGGCCGCCGUGCUCAACCCCCACAUCCUGUCCUAUCUGGCCCAGGAGCACCACACGCUCAGGGUCAGGAGGUUCUCAGAGGCAUACUUCUUCACUGAACACCCCAAAGAGAUAUCGCUGACGUUUCAAGAGGAACUAAUCAACAGACAUGGCCAGAUAGCGGCAGAAGUGCGGAGCUCGGACUACCUGACCAAGAUGCCUCCUUUACCUGUCGAGUGCCUGGACAUUGAUGGAGACUGGAACAGCUUGCCCAUCAUUUUUGAGGACAGAUAUGUUGAAUCUCCACAAACAGAAUGGGACUCACAUGUGCCAAUGCAAGCAACAAUGGAUGAACAAACCACCUCAGAUCUUACAGUCACUCCUGCUAACAGAAUUCUCGACAGCAGUAAGGAAACCACAUCACCAGCAAUACCUGAGGAUUCCUUGGACAGCGAUGAUUGCAUGGACCUGCCCACGUACGUGUCAAUAAUAGCCAACCAAAGUAAGACCAACAGAAAGAGUACCCAGAACACCGUUCCCAUCAAGGACGGCGCCAAACUCUCCUUGGCAGAACUAGAAAACUUAAAGGAGCCCGCAGAAGUAUUUGAAAGGAACAUUAAGCGUCGUGAAGCAGAUCCAUGCAGAAGAGUGUCAGCUCAUGAUACGUCCUCAAACCACAGUCCCCUCGUUAAUCCUGCUAACAGCAACCACGAGUCUCCCGCUCAUCAUUUGACCGAAACCACCGUCCAACUUUGCAACGCCACGAGCAACAGUAACGCAACACCGAGUGAGAACAACGACGAGGAGUCUGACAUCGCCAUGCCUUUAAACCACUCCAUGGAUGACGAGAGUGAGGACGUCCCUCACCUCAGCCUGCCCUCCGCCUACGCGCAUCCGGUUUCGCCUCCAUUCGCAAGCGAUCUGCGGAAAGAGGCGACUCAUCGCGGAGGCCUGGCCGGCUCCAAGAUCAUGAAGCGCUCGUCCUCUGUUAUUUCUGACUCAGGCAUUGAGAGUGAGCCCAGCUCUGUGGCGUGGCCGGUGGAGGCGGCAUUGCGAGGUCGGCCCCCUCUGGACUUCUCCAGCGAACGGGAAAUCCCGCAGCAAAUAGUGCGUCACCGCCCGGUCCACCGGAGCUCCCUGGAGGGCCUGCAGAUGGAGAGCAACGGCAGCAUUCCGAGCGGAGGCAUACAGGCCUCUCUCACCUCCAUCAGCUCCCUGCCCUAUGAAGACGACCAGCAGCAGAGGCGGCUCAGCAAACUGACCAAGUCGGUGUCGGCGCCGCAGAUAAGCAGCCCCGAGGACACUGAAGACGACCACGUGCUGGAGGCGGAGAGUAAGAGCUUAGCACGACAUCAGGAUUCAUGUCGGAUCAACGCUUCUUCUUUGAACAGCAACCUGGGUUCAGAGGAAUCAGAACCGUCUCUAUUAGACACGAGUUCGACUUCAAAUCCGGGCUGCAUUCUAAAGGAGAGGCUCACUUCUGAAAAGGCAAACCCUUCGCAGCACCCUUCAGAGACACACACUAUCAAGUCAGUGUUAAGUGGUGUGUCUGAAGUGUUGCUUCUACAAGAGUCUGAAAGUUCUAAUGUGAAUGAAAGCGGAGUUAUCGACUGUCAGGAGGAGAAUACGAAGCAUCAAACACACACCAGUGGAAUAGGCGCCUCAGUGGAGGAUGUGCAUCUCGCCGAGUCGGAAUUAGCACCCCGUGGCUGUGGAAACAAACCAUGUGUGCAUGAGAGCGCCGCGAAUCAGGAGAGUGUUAACCCCGCGGAUGGGUGCGAAAGUUUCCAUCACAGCGAACUGUUUGGCGCCGAGGAGCAGGAAAGUCUGAAUGGCUCCCAGACACUUCCGAAACUGUCACACACCAGCGAGCUCCCCAUCAGCAGCACAGUCAAACAGAGGCCGACCGACCUCGCAGGGCUGACUGCCAGUGACAUAACGCCGGCUCUCGAUCUCAACGGCUUAUCAACCAGCGACAAGGAGCCGCUGGACAGCCAAUCCAAGCCCUCGAAAAUCCCGAACUCGGGCCUGGCUUUUGUGAAUAAGAAGAUGGUGGAGGUGGUGAACAUGUCGGUAUCCUGUGCCCCAACCUGUCUGCCGUUUUCAUCCGUUUUAAGGGACUCUCCAUCUAUUAGUGGAAUGUCCACUCGCCAGACUACCUCACCGAUCACCAACCAGCCACUGGGAUCCUUCGGUAUCAUCUCCUCUUCGUCGCUCAGUCCUCUGAACAUGGAUGAUGAGACCAAUGAGCGAAUGCUGAAUUUCUACAAAGCCAAAGAGGAGUUGUUCAAAGAAUUGAGCUUUCAAGCAAGUUUGUACAGCGACCUUCCUCUGCUGGCCUCGGAUCUGCCGUACUUCCCCCCCGAGGAGGACGACGAGGAGUUUGAUGACGGAAUCCACCUCGUGGUGUGCGUCCACGGCCUGGACGGUAACAGCGCUGACCUCCGGCUGGUGAAGACCUUCAUUGAACUGGGCCUCCCAGGAUCCCGGCUGGACUUCCUCAUGUCUGAGAGGAACCAGGCUGACACAUUCGCGGACUUCGACACGAUGACGGACCGGCUGCUGGACGAGAUCAUCCAGCACAUCCAGCUCUACAACCUCACUAUCGGCAGGAUAAGCUUCAUCGGCCACUCUCUGGGGAACGUCAUCAUCCGCUCGGUGCUGACGAGGCCGCGCUUCCGCUGCUACCUGCCCAGGCUGCACACCUUCCUCUCGCUGUCGGGGCCCCACCUGGGGACGCUGUACAACAACAGCGCGCUGGUCAGCACAGGUCUGUGGUUAAUGCAGAAGCUGAAGAAAUCGGGAUCCCUGCUGCAGCUCACCUUCAGAGAUCACGUCGACCCGCGGAAAACAUUCCUCUAUCUCCUGAGUCAGAAACCAGGACUCCAGUUCUUCAAGAACGUGGUGUUGGUGGCGUCUCCGCAGGACCGUUACGUUCCCUUCCACUCGGCCAGGAUAGAGAUGUGCAAAACAGCACUCAAAGACAGAACCACAGGGCCUGUGUACACCGAGAUGAUCAACAACCUCCUGCAGCCGCUGGUGGAGGCUAAAGAGUGCCGGCUCAUCCGGCAGAACGUGUUCCACGCUCUGCCCAACACGGCCAACACAUUGAUCGGCCGCGCUGCUCACAUCGCCGUCUUAGACUCCGAGCUUUUUCUGGAGAAGUUUUUCCUGGUGGCAGGACUCGACUACUUCAAAUAAAAGGUGCUAAAGUACAUUAGCGGGCGCUCGGGACGCGUCCUGAAUGACAAACUUGGACUAUACGGUUCUUACCUUCACCCUGUACAGAACAUGCAAUGUAUAUAAAAGCCCCGGUGUGUGCCAGCGUGCACACACACACACACCUGUAUAUCCUGUUUGUUAGGACUGUAAGCAGCUGUUAGUAGAGGAGCCGUGUGUUGUGACUGUUUCAAAGUGCUAACUCAGAGGUCUGAGUUUGACGUGUAGCCAUGCAAAGCAAAACAAAACAUCUCACGUCAACGAGAGGAUUGAUUGUAGAUGUUUUGUCAGCCUUAUGAAUAACCUCUCAGCCAGAUCACUAACAGAUGCUAAUUGUGGUGUGAAGCAUUUACCUACGUUCCCUUUAGAGCUGGUUCCAGUGUCGGUGGGCG